CUUGUGUUGGUGAGUGAGAGUCACGGACUCCCUCGCUCUGGAGCGCCGCGACACACCUAUGGUUAGCCCUUCGCAAGAGAUCGCCGACGAAAAAUUGUGAACUGACGAAUCACCGCGAUGACGCAGCCGCCCACACCCGCCCCGAGGCUGAUAAUAGCGUGGGCGUUCCUCCUCCUCCCCCUCCUCCACGCCCACGCCGGUGACUGCCACGCCCGCACGCCCUUCUCAAGCGCCGCUUCCAGAACGAGGAGGAAUGUUCUCGAAGCUCCUGCCGCGGAUGCUGGACGGGCGUCGCUGGAAGCCAGGGAUGCUGGGCGGGCGUCGCUGGAAGCCACGGCUGCUGUGUCGCGCCUGAAUUCCCCCGCAGAGCACGAGGAUUUCCCUUCGUCAGGAGCGUCGGUCCCCAAUUCCUGGCUGUACAAAUUCCCCCCGUGGUUCCUGCCGAACAACCCGGCCCCCGAGGGCUUCGCCAAGCACCAGAUCCCCCCCCCUCCCGGCGUCGGGCCACUCCUGGAGCCUGAGCUCCCGCACUCGGGCGGCGCCCCGACGCGCUCUCCUGAGGGCCCUGCGACCCCGAGCGGCCCCAAGGCCCUCUCUGCCGGAUCCCACUUUCGGACGCCGGACGAUCCCGGGGCGGCCCUCCCGGACGUGCUCGACGGCGACGUGGUCAUCGUGUCGGACCUGCAGCAGGGCGCGCGCACGGGCCGCCGCCAGAACAUCCGGCUGCGCGGCGACUCCCAGUUCAAGGAGGAGCUGCUCAGGACCAUCCUGGAGGUCAAGCUGCUCAACAAGGAGGUCCCGCUCCAGACGAGCUCGCCCUCCGACCUCGAGGCCCCGGCCGGCGUCACGCCCUUCCAACUGCCCCUCUCGGCCGCCCACCCUCCUCCUCCGCAACCGGCGCCCACGCAGCCCUUCGUCCUGCAACACCUCGCCGGAGGGGGAGACGCCCCGGCCGCCCACGGCCUCGGGGGCGCCGCGUCCUCCGAGUUCGGCGUCGGGAAGGCGGCGACGGGCGGCCGUUUCGGCGGCGGAGGCCCGGCCAGGACGCCGUUCGCCGCGCCGCCCACGCCCGCGACGCACCCCGCCGAGGGAGGCCUCGGCGAGUUCCGGCCGAGCCCCCCCGAUCUGACGUUCGCCAACCGGUCUCCGCCGCGGAGCUUCCUGCAGGCGGCGCCGUCCCUGCCCCUGCAGCAGGCGCCGCCCCGCGACCCGGGCCUCAGGCCGCCGCCACCCGUCUCGGCGCCGCAGCCUCGCCCGCCGCCGCGAGGGCUCGGCGGGGCGCCCUUCCCGCGGCGCGUCGAGCACAACGCCAUCGCCGACGCCUUCUUCAAGGACCAGGAGGAGGCGCUGCUGAAGGCCGCCAACGGCGCCAAGGUGCGGGGCGUCCACGGCGGGGCGUCCGACGACCCCGUCUGGAUCCCGUUCAUCCCGGGCGUCCCGCUGCCCAUCCUCGUGCGGCACUCGCUGGCCGCGCGCCGGAGGCAGAAGGCGCAGAGGGCGCGGUCCCUGGGGAGCCAGCCUCCCCCUCCGUCCCUCUCCUUCGGCUCCUCCUCCGCACAUGCCGACCGCCGCCCUUCCCCUCCCCUCGCCCACCCGCCUGCAGGAUCCGGCGAGGCGUCCUUCCCGACGAGCAUUCAGGACAUCAUCAGCAGCCGGCUGGGCGCGCCGCAGGGGCUGUACUCGAGGGCGCGACCCUCUCCUCCAGGGGCUUCUGCCUCGCCGUCGGGGGAAACGGACUUGGGGCUUCUGGCUUGGGCGAGGUCUUGAGCGAUUCGAAUAAAUGAUUAAUCAAUUAUGUUAAUCAAUUAAUUGACUCAUGGGAAAUCCCAUGACGUUUCUUAAUUUAUUGCAAUAUUUCGCCAGUAUUGAUGUUUUCAACGUGUUAAGUGAGGUAACAUUAUUAACAUGAUUUCUUAAAAAUGUAUAUUUCCAGUUACGAAGACGACCUGCCUAGGCCUAAGAUUUAGAAAAGCUAAAAGUCAAAAAUUCUCGUACGUUUCUACCAGAACAUUUGGCUCAGGUCUUGCGUGGUGAAUGAAUGAUAGAAGUAUUUUUCAUACAACUAAGAAUAAUUAUCACAUGUAAUUAUUUUUGCCAUAUAGGGAUGUAUUUUAGUACUGAUGUGGUCUAUACUUUAUAGACACAUUGAAGUAUCUUUAAAUCAUAACUCUUCUUAUACAAAUGUUUUUAUGAUUGCAUGUUAUACUUGUGUAUACAUGUGUAUUCUUCUAUUUAAUAUUUAUUUAAUAUUCACCUUUGCUAAUGCCUUUGAAAUAAUUGCAUUAUAAAAACAUA